GUCACGGUGGAGAAAGACGCUGGAAGCUUUUGCGGAGCCUUGAAGCGAUUUCGUCGCAAUCACCACCGCCAGCUCCACAGCACAUUACAUGCAACCCCGGGCCCCAGUCCUCCUUUGCCCCGCCGCUGCCAUUCCUCUUCGCUUGCUCUCGCUCUCUUCUGCAGCCUCUCUGUCUCUUCCCACGGUCUCGCUAUGGCCGCCGCGGCGCAGUUGGAGGAUGUUCCCAACGACUCUCUCUUCCACGAGGUCAUGCGGCGUCUCAAGUGCGCCCCGAAGCAGGAGAAGCGCGUCAUUCUUGUGGGGCCUCCUGGAUGCGGGAAAGGAACCCAGUCCCCCAUUUUGAAGGAGGAGCACUGUUUGUGCCAUUUGGCUACGGGUGAUAUGUUGCGCGCUGCUGUGGCGCAGAAGACGCCUCUGGGUUUGGAGGCGAAGGCUGCUAUGGAAAAGGGUGCAUUGGUGUCCGAUGACUUAGUGGUUGGCAUCAUCGAUGAUGCUUUGAAACGGCCAUCUUGUUCCAAGGGAUUUAUCCUUGAUGGAUUUCCUCGCACUGUCGUUCAAGCUCAGAAGUUAGAUGCAGCUCUUGAAAAGCAGGGUGUGAAGAUCGACAAGGUGUUGAACUUUGAGAUCGAUGAUGCCAUUCUGGAGGAGCGAAUAACUGGUCGAUGGAUUCAUCCCGCUAGUGGCCGAUCGUACCACUCCAAGUUCGCACCUCCGAAGGUGGAGGGCCGUGAUGAUAUCACCGGAGAGCCUUUGAUUCAGCGCAAGGACGACACUGUGGAGGUUUUGCAGAAGAGACUGACGUCAUUCCACGAGCAGACCACACCCGUGAUUGAUUACUACCAGCAAAAGGGUGUGGUGAAGAAUAUCGAAGCGGCGAAACCAGCGAACGAGGUCACUGAUUACAUCCGGAAAACCCUUGACUCACCCAACGUGGUUGCUGAAGAGAUUCGGAAGGUUCUUGCCUGAGUGUUGAGACGCUGCAGUAACAUUGCGUCCUCGUGUACCAGCUUAGUAAUUUUUGGGUUGCUCGAACACAUUGUUAGGAGCGGAGGUUGCGCACCCUCUUUCUCAUGCUGUGCAUCUGGAUUUGCAACGUGGAACAUUUUUAUCUUACAAUGAAAUAGGAGAGUCAUUUUCUACUUCUAGAACAGCGGGGUUAACUAGAAGAUCAGCAAGUAGGAUACGUGCAUAGACUUUCGCAGAGAUAUCUGUAUGUGUCUUUUUAUGCAUGCAAAAGGCUUGCCGUGGUUAAAUUUCAGCUGCUGUGAUUUGAGACCUUGGAAAGCACCA